UAAGAAGCAAGUGACUGAGUGGAGCAAACUUCAUUUCUUUGCUGGUUGUAGUAACGUAAUAACAAUGUCCUUCAGAUGGGGUUUGACUAUUCUUUCUUUCCUGAGUCUUUGUGAGGUGCUGCAGACUUCAGUCGGUAUCAGUCGAAAAUUGACCAAGUCAACUGUUAAGCCUGGAUUCCCUACCCCUGUGAAGACCAAUGAUCCAGGAGUUCAGAGAGCUGCUAGGUCUGGGAUUUACAAAUACAACAACUGCUCAAAUGACAUCUUCCUUUUCAAAGAAUCUCAUAUAAACAAAGCAACAGUGCAGGUUGUGAAGGGGCUGAAGUAUAAACUUGAUGUUGAUAUCAGCCGGACAGUAUGCAUGAAAAGAAAACACCCCGACUUGGACAAAUGUGAUUUCCAGAGGAACAAAACACUGAGACAAACAUUCAGAUGCACCUUUGAAGUUUGGCUUAUCCCCUGGUUGGGGAAAGUUCAAGUACCUGUCUCCCUCUGUCAGUGACUUCUCUCCCAUGAAAGCUAUGACCCCUGCUUGGAAUGUUUCGGCCAAAGGAGGCAUUAUGGGCAUCUUCUUUGAUGUCAUUUUGGUGUCAGGUGAAGACCUUAUGUUCCCACCCCUUUCAAAUACAGUAUUGCAAUUUGCUUACAACUGCUACUGAUUGCUUUUUCUGCUUGUUCUUGUAUGUUGUAAACAUUGCUUGCUUUUUAAAACAGAUUUCAUUCUGUUUUUGUACUUCUUAAACAUUUUGUGAGCUGCCAUAAAUCCAUGUGUGUUCAAGGUCAGGAUACACAUAUAAAUACAUAAAUUACAUAGCCAUUUGUUCUUGUGUUAGUUGUUCUGUGUCAAACUGACAAUAAAGAAGUGGAUUUUGCAGACAA